CGUUCUUGUUACCAUUGUGUCGCGUUCAGGCGGGAGAUUUGGAAACAACUCUUUCUGUUUCUACACUCUUGGUAUUAGCUACUGAAAUAUACAAAUCCUUACAGCUAGCUCGGCUGUUGACAGAAUAUAUCGGAGAAUUAAUGGGAGUCGACGGCCAGAUGGACCCGUUAGACUUCCUAACUAAUGAAAAUCUUUUGCUUUUUCUCCACCGCAAGAAGACGGAGAUUUCUUGCAUGGAACAACCGCACACUUUCCUCACCCAGCUGCGCGACCACGAUCUGCUGCCGGACAAACUUUACAAGAAACUAAAAGGAAUGCGCUCUCGUGAGCAGCGGCAGAAAGGCGUCUAUGAUUUUCUGGAUUGGUUGGAGAAAGAGAAAUCUCAUCGCAUGCAUCGGUUCUGGGGCUGCGUGUUUAAAGACCAUAUCCUUCAUCUGUACCCUACACUACGUCUGCUCAGAAACAGCCUGCUGGACGGCACGUUUAGCUUCUAUGAGAAACCCACAGUUGAAGAGGGACUGACUGAGAAGGAACAGACUGAAGGAAAGGGGGAGAAAGUAAAGGAGACAAAAAAUUAUAGAAAGCAAAAGAUAUAUGAUAAAGCUAGUGAGGAUAGCGAUGGUCCAGGUCCGUCCUCUGCCUCCACACCCACUCGGAAGAAACCAGCCAAGAAACCCUCCUUCUCAUCUCCCAUUAAGAAAGGAGACACACAGGAGAUUUGGAAGUGGCCUCUUUAUAAAACUCAGCUGCCAGUGUCCUGUGGGAAUAAAGAGGGCACUCUUCAUAGGGACAGGCUGGCCAGAGGGGAGAAGUGUAUUUAUGCACAGGGACGCUGGUUCACCCCAUCUGCUUUUGAGCAGUAUGGAGGUAAGGAAAGAUGCAAAAACUGGACACUCGCCAUCCGCUGCAGAAACACACCGCUCAAGAAACUCAUAGAGGAAGGGCAUCUUCAGGCUCCACCGAUGGAGAGAAGAAAUAGGACAUGCGUCCAAAAGAGCACGAGAGAACUGUUUCCUGUCAGCUCCUCGGAUAGCUCCGGUGCAGACUCAGACACCAGUGCCCUGAUGGAGGAGGAAAGGGACGAAGAUGAAUUUGAGGAACAGAGAAGGAGAGAGGGAGAAACAGAGUUUAGCGUGAGAGAAGAGGAAGUGGAGGAGGAAGCAGAUAUGGAAGAUCUAUCAGUUUUCCUGGACCCAUCUUUACCAGUCACUUGUGUUUCUAUUUCCGGGAUGCUACACAAAUAUAGGUUUGCAUCAGAUGUGCGUGGGAAGUGUAUCCGUACUGACGAGAGCUGGUUCACACCAGAGGAGUUUGUAAGACAGGAACCCUCUCUCACUGAUGGAUUCUGGAAAAGAGACAUCCUGUGCCAUGGCAAAACUCUCAACUUCUUACUGAAGAAAGAUAUUCUGUGGAUCCAUUCGCUUCUGUGUGAAUGUGAGAUGUGCAGUGAUCAAGAGCAGGACCUGUUGGCGCAGAAAAAUGACGACACGUGUUACACGUGUGACUCUAAGCGAGAUAUUGUGUGCUGUGAUGGGUGUCCACGAGCUUUUCAUCCAGACUGUCACCUGCCAGCUCUACAAGGAGAUUCAUCUGGAGAAUGGAUGUGUACUUUUUGCGUGUUGCGGGCCAAUCAACAAUGGCUUUACUCGAGUCACAUGACUGAACAAGAUGCUUUAAAUGUCCCAGUCUCCCAAAACAAACUGCACUGCCACUAUCUCCUGUUGUAUAUGUAUAGAGAGGAUGUCCAUCGAGUGUUUGUAAAGGAUCCUUGCAGAACAGUAGCCAAAUACUCUCAGAUCAUACCUCAGCCCAUGUGGCUGGACAGAAUAAAGGAGAAGUUGGAGCAUGGUGAAUAUCAGACGGUUGGAGAGUUCGUCUCAGACUUUCAGCUCAUCUUCAGUAACUGCAGCAGGUUCAACAAGGACAAUGAAUUUGGUAGAAUGGGUGUCAAACUGAAGGAAUUGUUUGAAAAGGAGUUCCAGAACAUCUUCUCUAUCCAAUAGCAUCUCGCUUUCCAACUCUGACACUAUGUUUGGAACAAAGUCCUUCUGAAAUACAUUGGAAAUAAGAUAUAUAUAUAUAUAUAUAUAUACAUUACUAUAAUGUAUAUACUGAAAGAUAAUGUAACAAUGCAACAAUUAUGUUUUUUACCUGUGCAAUACUGUGUAUCAUUUUAAAAGAAAAUAUACUUUCCAUUGUAUCAAGUAAGGUUGCAACGGUAUGAGAUUUUUACAAUACAAUAACCAGAAAAUAUCACGUUUUCACGGUAUCACGGGAUACGGUAUUUUAAUUCACACACUCACUUAUGUCAGACCCCAUCGCCUCGCUUCUCUCUGACAUUUUCUCUGCUGCAUGUGUGUGGCGUAAGUUGACAAUUCUGACAGGAAAGUCAGGAAAGCAGAUGCGCACGCGCAGGUGAGAUUCUCUGUCCGGUUGCAUUUCUUCUUAAAACUGUAGAUAAGCAAAUGUACAUAGUAUGAAAACUAUACAUUUUCAUACUGUGGUAUACCAUGAAACGGUUUACUCCUGCAACACUAGGCAUUACUGGUCAUUCAAAGAUUCAAAUAUACAAAUUUUUGUUGCACAUAGAUUAAGGAUGAGUCCUAAAGUAAUUUUUUGGCCUUUGCUGUAAAAUGUUGUGCAACGUGACAAAAUCACAGCCAGUCAGAUCAUAUUUGAUGUUUAAUAUAUAGCUUUAUAAGCAGUUUUUUGGAUCAGUGUGAUGUAACUGUGGGUGGGACGUCCCAGAUAAACCUUAGAUUAACAUGUAAUAUGUUACUUAUUACUUUGCACUUUAUUGUGCCGCGCCUGGUUAGGGUACAGUGUUACAGCUGCUGUGGGUUGGCUACGUCGUGGGGAUUUGAGUGACAGCAACCAUUGGUGACCAUUGACAUUAACAUUAUGCAAAUGAGUAGUGUUGCAAUAGGGCUACUACCAAUGGAGGGGAAUAUCUGGCUCCUUGGCAACCCCCAGCAAUUGAAGGGCUGUGAAGUGUUAAUGAAAAGUGUAAAGUGUAUAAUUUCUGCACUUUAUAGGCUGAAUUUUGAAUUCAGCCAAGAAUGUUUAAUCUAUAGUAGUCUCUGCACAUUAAACUAAUGGCACACUACACCUUUCAUUUCAAUGAGCGUGUGUUUAGUGGUUGAAGGGGAAUCUUUGUCAUUUGCUUUAUUCUGUAAAUCAAUUACAUUUUUUUUUAAUUCAAACAUUUUUUUGAAUUCAAAUUAACAAUAUUUUAAUCAA